GAAACAUCAAGAAACAUUUCUAUUUUAGUAGACACUCUUAUCCAGAGCGACUAAGGUUAAGUUGCUUGCCCAGGGGCACAUCGACAGCUUCUUCAACUAGUCGGCUCUGGGAUUUCGAAACAGAGACCUUUCGGUUACUGGCAAAACACUCUUUACUGCUAGCCUUCCUUUAUUAGUGUGGCUACGAAGUGGUUUUCAGAGGAUGCAGCGAUGGGGGAUAUGGGGAGAAGAUUGGAGAUUCAACAGCUGGAAUGUUGUGAUGUGAGGAAAAUGUCUGGAAACUAUGUGAACACAUCAAGACUCAAACGCAAAUACAUUUGGACGAAGUGUAUGCAGUCUUUAUAUCAAAUGAAAGAAAAAUGAUCCCAAUAUGGAAACAGAAGUCCAGUCGUGGAGAUGAACCUGUUGUUUGGGAUUAUCACGUUGUCCUACUUCAUCAGAAUCAGCAGGGACAGAGCUUUAUUUAUGACCAGGAUACAGUCCUGCCUUUCUCCUGUCCUUUCCAUGUUUACACUACAGAAGCCUUCCAUACAGAUCAUGGCCUUAAACCAGCUUUCUGGAGGAAGUUGCGAGUUAUUCCUGCAGAUACCUACCUGAAGAAUUUUGCCUCGGACCGGUCACAUAUGAAAAAUGCCGAUGGGACAUGGCGCAUGCCUCCACCGCUGUAUCCUUGUAUUGAAACAACAGACUCUAAAAUGAACCUGGAUGAUUUCAUCAGUAUGGAUUCCAAAGUGGGAUGUGGACAUGUAUAUGGUCUCUCUGAAUUCAUCAAACACUUUGCAGAAAAAUGAUGAUUGCUGGUUUGAAAUUAAUAUACAGAUUGGUGGUUACCUGCUGGAUAUUUUCUGCCUUUCUCAGCUCAAGACUACAGGGUCACAAUCCAGGAAAUAACAAUUCUCAAUGUUACGUUCCUUAUCCUGGUGGCAGAAGGAAGCCAUAAGAAUCGCCAGGAAUAUGUCUACGCCAUAAAUACAGAUGCCAUAAAAACUAAAUUAUUACACAUUGUAUAGUUAAAUUCAAACGAAGCAAACUGUACAGGGAUGAGUUGUGAAAUGUAUCUUAAUGUCAUUUAAAGCAAAUGAUGCAUUUGUCUGUGUGGAAAUGUUUUAUUUUGUGAGAUAAGCACAAGUUACAAGAUGUAAAUAAAAACAUGGGAGCUUUA